AGAGUGGUUUGUAAUAGACAAAAUAGUGAAACAUAACCUCUUUGUUCAUUGCUUUCCUUUGACAAAUCUGGAAAGAUGUCUUAUAAAAAAUUGUGUCGUGUUCUCGUGUUAGAAUUUUAAUUCUCAUAGUUGUAGUGUUAUUUAUCAUUCUAAUAUUCGGAUAGACAGAUGUAUGUCAAGUGGUGAACAAUUUGUAAUUUUAAUACUUUGUUUUACUAGCCUACUACCUACCUAUAAUUUAACUUCAAGUUAUUAUUAUGCUGUAAUCACGACUGUACAUGUUAUAAAUCUUUCUUCGCGAUAGAGAAAAACACUUGUUUAGUACCGUAAUGAAUCCUACCAGUUUUAGAAAAAGUCUGUCAAAUGACUUUAUUUGUAACUUUUAUAAUUCUCAUUCCGGUAUCCCUAGUGUUGUGAAGAAUCGACAGAGAGACGAGACCCAUGACAAAGAAGUUGAAGACGUUUCUAACUAUAAAUUUAUUUUUAGUUGCCCAGUAGUUCCACUAGGAAUACCGGUUCAUUUGCCCGAGAGAAUAAACAAUGGACACGACCCUUUAAAGGAACUAGUGCAUCAAAAACAAAAGUGGUCAAUUUAUAGAAACAGACUUCUAGAUGCUAACUUAGUAAAUCCGCUGCAUAAUAUUGAUCACUCAAACUCUGAUCGUACAUGUCUUCCAAUUGGAGUUGUAAAACUAGCCGAUCAUUUAGAUAGAGAUCCCGAUCCCUACUUUGUUGGAAAAUACAAUUGGUACUACACUGAUGGAAAUCUAAAGACAAUCGAUAGGAGUAAUUCCAAAAUACUUGCUUUAACGCGUUAUAGUGUUCCUGGCGUUAUUGUAUUGCAGUCAGUAAGACUUGAUGAAAAACGUAAAGAGUCUCUGUGUCUGCUAGGAAGUGAAGCUAGCCUUCAUACAGGAAGUACUCAACCUAUUUUCCAGAUAACCUCCUACAAUAAUAUAGUUGCUAGUCGUCAAAAAAAUACUUCUUGCCUCUUUUCUAUUGAAAGUGAUGGAUCAUAUGGGGGUGAAAUGUGUCACAAAUAUGAAAGCAUUGCAAAUCUCACUAGUCUCUCUAUAGCUCCAAACAUAACCCUUCAUGGAGAAUAUUGUACUCUCGACACAUCAAAUAAUUUGAAAAUUUGGGUUCCUUUUUGGAAAAAUGUAAAAAAAUCUGAAGGAAACAUUGUAGAGUUUAGUUCUAAAGAUAACUGGGGGAAUGUAAAGUACUUAUCAGAAAACACGGUUCUACUUGCAAAUAGGGACUUGAUUUGCUUGAAAGAUGUACGCUAUAAAUUAAGUAAGAAUAAUGGGCAAUCUUGGAAGAAAAAUCACAUCAAUUCAUGUGAGGUUAUUUGCAAUACAGUUUUAAGUGAGCAAGUCGAUAAGAGGUGCUAUGUAGCAACAACUCACCAACUUUUAGAAUUAGAUUUCAGAAAAUCUUACAUGAAACGUUGGACACACAUGUUGGACUCUCCUCCAUCUCUUGGAAUGUUAGUCAAGUCUACUGAGGGGGAAGAGAUUGUAGCAUUAGGUAGCCAGAGUCCAGGUGAAGUUUGCUGUGUUCUCACUAAUGACAACAGUAUCCCUUACCAUCUACCUUCUCCAAACGACACUCUCAAUAAAUGUAGGUUGGAGGCAAUUUGUUUAGACCCUUCUGUGACAUCCAGAUGCAAUUUAAGUCUUUCUGGUUUAGAUAGUUAUUAUUCUGUUGGCAACAUAUUUAUGAUACGACAAACCAGUGUUGGUGAUCUAUUCUGCCAGAGAAUAGAUAGCAACAGCAAUUCUUGUGCUUUAGACUUUCAUACAAAGAGCUUUCAAACCUGGGAAAAGCAGUGUGCUCAAAAAUAUGACUCUGUAUCAUCUUGUGCAUUGAUAAUUUCAAAUGAAAUUGAUUGUGGAACGUUAUUUAACUCAAUUUCAAAGAGAGCAUUAAAGAGUGAAAAAUUAGAUAAAGAAAAGCUUUCUAAGAAAUCGCCAUGGAACAUUUCCAAGAAAAUAUUGCUUGAAUCAAAAAAUUCAUUUCUGGAAUGCUUAUUGGAUGUUUGGGAAAUUGAGGAUGAACCAGAAUGGAGUGACCCUAGCAGAGACGAACAAGUGACUGCCAUCUCUUCUGAUCAAUCAGGAUCCAAAGUUUCGGUUGGCUCAACGAUAUGCUUGGAUUUGAUGAUGACAUUUAAGAAUAUCAAUGCAGAUAUCUUUUGCCAAUGUGAUGUCAAUAUCAAUUUCAACCUUCUGUCCAGAAUGAUUCUAGAAAAAAUACUUUGAUAUGAUACAUGGAGAUGUCACCGCCAGUUCUACCUUAUCAACUCCGAAGAGUUUUUAAUUUUUGUUUUAGAAUUCUGUCACCAUGUAAUUUAGGCGAAUAAAAUAUGUUUUUAUCAAAUUGCA